AUGGCCUCCGAUACUCCUAGGAAACCCUCCAGUAUUGACGUCUCACGCGCAUCCAUGGAGUCGCCCCCAGGCAUUGCGGCCUUGUUCGUCAUCCGCUUCGACAUCAGGACCGGGUAUGUGGUCUCAUGGAAACGAACUGCGCCAGGGGUCGAGGUGGAAGGGGUGGUGGAAUACAAGUCGCUUCCCUCCGGGCUACACAAUGUGCAUGAGGAUUUGAUUUACUUCGUUCACGAAGAGUAUGCUGGAAUCAGCGCGUUCCUCAACCAGCCCGCCGAAGAGGCAGAACGCAAUGCCAAAAUGUUUGCGAUUGGAGUUUUGGUCCCACUCAGCUCAGGGAGACUGGGGAAAAGUUGGAGACAUGCCCCAAGAUUGAAGGAGUUGACGCAGAAAUAUGCGACGGACAUGUCUGACAUGCAAUCCUUGUCUGAUUACUGGGACUCGUUCCGAAUUGGAGGUCCUGAGUCUUCUGCGCCGGAUUCGCCGAUUGACUCGCCCCUUAGCCUGCGAUUCCGCCCAGGCGAUAGACCAGGCGCGCACCGCAACCGUGCCUUCAGCGAUGCGCUAGUAUUGGAAAACUCCAGGCCGGCCCUGACACCUUUUCAUCCUGCCUCAUCGCUUCCUGAUUUCAUCGAAUCGUUCGGACCUUUGAUAUUCCCCCUAUACAGAGCGGCGCUAUUACGCAAGCGCAUUCUCAUUAUGGCCGAAGCACCGGUGCACACACCAUGCAAUUAUGUCUAUGACCUAUCAUUGUUGGCAUCUCUUCCGAAUUCCUUACUACAAGUCCUACCUGAUGACAAGAUUCCGCCACUGCGACCCCGCCCCCUCUUCAAUGUGGGCAUUCAUGAUAUCCCUGAUCUUGCCUCUUUCGACCCGUCGCGGGCGACACUGGAUCCUGAGACCGAUCCAAGCUGGAUUGCCUGCUCAACAGACACGGUUCUGAGCAUGAAGCCUGAUCUUUACGAUGUUCUCAUUACUCUCCCUCCAUCAUACUCCCAGCACGCCAAUGAAAGUGCCUUCCCCAGCAUUAGCUUGGUGGACCGUUCAAGCACCAAACACAAUUCGAAUCAGACUGUCAACUUGAAAGCAACGCAACGUGAUGCCCGUCGAUAUGCUAUGCUUCGCAGAGGCCUUCGGCAGUUCUCUCAUGACCGUGAAACCUCCCCAGACUCGGGCUCAUCUGACGCAGACUCAACAUACUCGUCCAGCCCGGUGGUUGAGCCGCUCUCCUGGACCCGCCUCGCCUAUACAUCUUUCAUCUGGUGGGCCUCAGCGGGCGAAAAUCGUGACGGCCUAUCUGAAGAAGAGGAGGAACAUCAAAUCGAACAAGACGCCAGGCUUCUGGCAAGUGUGGAAAGUCUUGCAUAUCCUGGUACAAACACAGGCCGUCGCUCAAUGCAUCUCGAAGACCAUGUCCAGGAGUCCCCGGAGGUCGCGCUGGUAGCGUACUUCCGCCGCAUCACCUCCCAGAUAUUUUUCACUCUUGCUGGAGCUAUUGCUCGGCACGAUGGUGACUGCCGAGACGCGAAUGACCCGGGUGAAUCAUACACUGACACCCCGUACCUCGAUGACCUAACAAAUGAUGACACAAACUUGUCACUGUCUAUGUCACGGCAGUCGAUCAGCGGCGACGAUGGAAAUACGCCGCUCCUCCGGCAAAGAUCACACGGAAACCACACCAACCGCAGUUCAGCCCAUGAAAUUCAGGGCGCGGGUGAUCCUAUCACCGUCACAAUUGCCGACAUGGCAGAGAUGGGUCUCGAUGUGUGGAGUGCCCCAGAUCGGAUUUUCGUCGAGGAGCUGGUCUCUCUAUGGUGGGGGCGCUCUGCGUACGUUGAUAGCGCUCGUAUCCGAUGCUGCGGCAUUUCUAUUUUAUAA